AUGUCGUUCACCGUGAUCACCAUCUUCCGCAAGACAACCCUAAUCCAAAGGGACAGCAGCAGCGGCUUUGACAGCAGCACGGCCAUCGCCAACAGCAUUGGCAGCAGCAGCACCAAUAGCAUCGCCAGCACCUGCGGCACCAACAGCAGCUUUGCCAGCACUUGUGGCACCAGCAGCCCCAGUGGCAGCAGCAUCAUCACCGCUAUCAACAAUGGCACCAACAACGGCACAACCAUCACAGAUGGCGCCAGCGGCAACAGCACAAGGUCAAAGAAAGUGCGAUUUGUGGAGGAGGUCAGGGGUUGGGGAAGGCUGGACAGCCGCCAGUGGAGGGAAGUCAGGAGGAAGGAGAGGAGGGAAGCACAGUUCUUCUUGUGCCGGGUGCCAAGAGAGCAGGAGUAG